AUGUCAACGACAUUUCUAAAAAAGUACAAAGUUGUUCAAAAAAUCGGUGAAGGGUCGUUCUCAGAGGUUCUAAAAUGCCAGGAUAAAGUCACUGGAAUAUUUUACGCUGGCAAGAGACUGAAGAGGAUUUAUCAGUCCCUCAACGAGAUCACGGACAGCCCCGAGGUGAUUGCCAUGAGGAAGAUCAGUCGGCAUCCAAAUAUACUUUACAUGAUUGAGUCUCACUAUGAUCCAUUACCUGGAAAAGUCACUCUGAUCUUCGAACUCAUGGACAUGAGUCUGUACGACCUGAUUAAAUCUCGAAAAGGGAGAGUCAUGACGGAGUCAAAAGUUAAAUCCUAUAUCUAUCAGCUAUUGAAGGGUUUGGAUCACCUGCAUAAGUACGGCAUCUUCCACAGAGACAUCAAACCCGAAAAUAUUCUUGUGAAGGGAGAGACAGUGAAACUCGCUGAUCUCGGGUCAGUCCGUGGAAUCUACAGUAGACCCCCCUACACCGAGUACAUAUCCACCAGGUGGUACAGGUCCCCAGAAUGUCUGUUAACGACCGGUUUUUACGGCCCCAAAAUGGAUGUCUGGGCUCUGGGAUGCGUGUACUACGAGCUCUUAACAUUGAAGCCUCUAUUCCCAGGCUCCAACGAGAUCGAUCAAAUUGCUAAGAUUCACGGGGUCUUGGGAACACCACAUGCACGAGUAGUGGCGAAAUUUCGUCGCCAUAAAUCGAAGAAUUGCGAGUAUCUCUUCCCCAACAAAGCUGGAACUGGUUUCUCCACUCUCAUUCCUCACGUGAGUGACUCCGGGAGAGAAUUGAUGAAGAUGAUGUUGAUCUAUGACCCGGAGAACAGGAGUAAUGUCAAAAGAUUGCUGGAGAAUCGUUACUUCAAUGACUUGAGAGAACACGAGUUUCCGAGACAGGCAAUCUCCUUCGCAUACCCCAGUAGCUCUCCAGAAGGCACUCAGUGGAGGAAUCCAAUGCUUUUGAGCUACAUUACUUCUGAGAAACGUCGGAAAUGCAAACCCCUGAGUACACGACGACCGAAAUUUCUCGAGGAAGCAAACUCCAAGGCCCCGAGAAUAGUAGCCUCCAGUCCAAACGCCAGGCCAAAUGUCUCUAGUAAAUCAAAUAUUUCGAAAAUAGCAGUCUCCGAAAGAGGCGACAGCACUGUCUCCAUAACCGAUAGGAACAGACAGAGAAAUAACUUGUGGAGGAGGAAUGUCUACUCCACUAGGACAGAGAGGAGCAGUGACUCCCCGAGAUCAACCUUCAGCACCAGAUUGCCAGUUAUCAAAUACAACAGUACGAGGUUGGAGGGGACUGGGGAUUCGGUCAGGAAGGUUGCAGCGAGAAGCAAUCAAUCACUGGUUUCCUCUCAUUAUAAUCUCAGGGGAAGUACUCUCAAUACAAAUGUUGAACAGAAACCUUCGAAGGAGAUCAACAGGUUCCUCCCUGAAAUUGUACAGAAGCCAGUGGUCAAACGUAGACUCUCAAAUUCCUCUGUGACAACAACACAAGAAGUUAAAAGUGGAGGAGGAAAAAGAAAUACGCGUUUGACGACGAUAACAGAAGCUAACCUACCCCUUGUUCACAUCAGAUCCCCAAACAUCAAGAGCCCAGCCAAAAAAAUACCUAAACACGAAACGCCAGCUGAGAGACUCGACUCAAACAAUAAGACAACUGCAGACAAACGUGUAAGGGGUAAAUAAUCGAAUCUAUAACGUGAAAUUUUCGUUUACAUUAAUUCUAUAUUUUUGGAACUGAGAAAUUUAUAAAGCAAAAACGAACACAAGUAAUAAUUUUUCAAUUUUUCGUACGAUUUUUAGUAAUAUGGCACACAAUAUCGACUGUGGCUUUUGGAAAAUUUUCAG